ACUGUUAUUAUCAGGUUUGUCUCUUUAUCUGACAGUCCCUCAUCACAUCAUAAUAGCUUGCUUUCAGUGAAGUCAUGGCUCAUGAAAACUUAUUGCAUGUAGUCCCAAGUUCAUCCAGAUUUCAUGGUCUUUGUUGUGGCAGUCUGAAGGAUAGUAAGAUCCUGAUGAAGAUGGGUUUGGGACUGGUGCUUGUGGGUCAUGUGAACUUCUUGUUGGGGGCACUGGUACACGGAGCUGUGCUCAGACACAUAAAGGUGUUCACUUGGAACAAGAAACUUGUCUACCCCAUCUCCAAUGUCAUCGCUCUUGUGGCAGGACUUAUGGCAAUUAUUGGUGGAAUCUCAGCUAUUGUUCUCUCAAAGAACAAGAAAAACCAGCUCCUGAGUUGGUUUCUUCUGGUUGUGAGUGUCUUGGCUGUUCUCUUGGGUGCUGCCUCUGCAGUGGGAAUCACUGUUGCCACAGUGAGGGCCAUAAUGUGGGAAGGACACACUCUGUUUGCCCACUGCAACCUGCCUGCCAACAUGACCUACUACAGCAUCACAAAUGAAUGCCCCUUUGACCCCACACGCAUCUAUGGUACUACAUUAAUCCUAUGGUUUCCAUUGAUUCUGAUGUCAGUGGUGGAGGUUGUGUUCUCCUGCCGCUGUUUCUUGGCUUGCACGUCUUUCCUCCGGUUACACUGCCCAUGGAGGAGAAAUAUCAGGGUGCGUGUCCAGAUACCAGAAGAAACCGCGCUGCCACCAGGAGAUGAUCCAAACGAGGAGGAGCCAACAGAACAGAACGAACUACUUGACAAAGACACGGUUGCUGUGGAGACUAGUGAUUGGCUAUAAUUUAUAAGUAUACAUCACAUGAACAAUAGAUGCUUUUCGGAAUUGCUGUAUGAGAGUGCAGCAAGAAAUACCAAGUGCCAAUGCACAUAAAAGCUACUGCCCACUAAAGUGGCCAGCAACUGAAGAGAAGUUGUGCGCUGACAUCUUUGCCUUACUUCAGCACUACUGUUUUGUGUUAUUCCUCAGUUUUAAAGAGUCGGACUGUGUGACCAAGGCAAAUACUAUUGAUUUCACCAUGUAAAGUGCACAAUGUUUUGUAUAUUAUCAUCAUGAACAUGUAUGAUGUGCUUGUUUUAUGUUUAUUACAUAUUUUCUUCAGUGAUGGGAUUCCUUGUUACAAUACAUUUAUAUAAAAUAUUUUGCUAUUUAAAACUGAGUUUCUGAAAUUGCUCCUAAUAGGAAUGACGGGUCAAAAAAAAAUAUAUAUGUCUGUAAGUAUCUUGUCUAUU